AUGACUAACAUCAACACUGUCCUCCUGACAGUAGCUGUCUUCUUAGCACACAAUCCAUUUGUAACUGCAAUCGGUUAUGGAUAUGCGGGAUCGUGUCCCAAACCUUUCAAAUUCGGGAACGGACCUCCAGCCUCAUGCCCUCCACCAGCUGAUCCCAACAAUAAGCCUGCAUCACAACUAGAAUCUUGGUUCACAAAGGAAAUGUUUGAUGAUCUGUUUCCAUUUGCAAAUCUCGGAUGGGGACCAAAUAGCUGUUGGCCAUAUUCUUAUGAGGCUUUCAAGAUCGCUGCCAGAUAUUUCCCGGAGUUUGGAACUUCGAUUAAUGUGAAUAACACGAAGUAUACAGCUGAUCAGAACAUGAGACGAGACUUGGCCGCUUUCUUUGCCCACGCGAUCCAAGAAACUGGAGAGAAUAACAAUGCUCUUUACAAGACACUCUCUGAGGAAGAAGCUUCGAAUUGCUUCUAUCGCGGAGGUUUCUUCAAUUGGUUUGAAGGUGGUCCAAUAAGCCGUUACUUGGAUCCAACAACUCCUGGAUACACUCCAGCCGAUGGAAACUCAUGUUCAUCUGCCGGUCAAUAUUGCACAGAUUCCCCUCUGAUUUCUUAUUUUUAUCCUUGCUCGAAAAAGACAACUGGCAACCCUGCAGCGCCAUACAAAGGAUGUUAUUUCGGUCGUGGUGCCAUUCAAAUCUCUUACAACUACAAUUACGGUCAAUUUCAAGAAUGGCUGAAAUCGGUGAACAUCAAUGUGGAUUUGUUGAAUGAACCGAAUCUGUUGAUGACUGAAAUGAAUCCACCACUUGCUAUGAUGGCAUCGCUUUGGUUUUAUAUGACUCCACAACCACCGAAGCCUGCUAUGCAUGACAUUGUCAUGGGUAAUUGGAACAGUGGAGCCGAGAAUAGAGCAGCUGGAUACACGGGGCCAAUCUUUGGACCAACAUCUCUGAUCAUUAACAAUGAGUGCGGAGGAGAAGAUCCACAGAACCCAGGAGGCGCAGGAGAAUCCAGAAGAAUCAAGGCAUUCAAAUGGUUUUGUGGAUACUUCAACGUCCCAACUGGAGAACAACUAACUCUUUCAUGCAAAAAUAUGCCAGUUUCAUUGGAUAGGAUUCAACACAAUCUCAGCUAUCAAAUCGAUUGGUCUUCUAGUUGGAAAAAUGCUCCAUGUGAUUGUGUUCCUGCCAGUUAUGCAGGACUCAUCUACUACUAUGACCCAAAAUACUACCCAGCCCGUUUCGUUGAUCAAAACGAGAUGAAUCGUAAGAAAUGCAUUGCGAGUGUCUACGCGAAUCCAUCCAUGUACGGAGUCGAUAAAACCACAGCAUGUCUCAACUAUAAGUCCCCUCUAAACUAA